AUGAAAAGGUAUUGUAAAGUGAUACUUGAAACGGUUAUAAGACCGUUUGAGGACAAAUUGUCCGUGUUUCUACUCUUAUUGCAGGUGGUUAGUGUCUUCAUGGUGGAUAGUUCUAUAUUUGACUUUUUCAUGACUCUCCUACUUCUAUAUCUCAACAGCUGUCUUGAAACAUUACAGAAUUACAGAAACAACAGGGAGAUUAGCAAGUUUAAUAGUUUCAUGAAAAUUAAGACAAAGAAGCUGGAUUUUAACAAGUUGGUACUGACAGAGGAGAUAGGGGUUGGUGAUAUUAUUCAUCUCAGUAUAGGUGACAAGAUACCUUCAGACUGCAUUCUCAUAGAUCAAUCAACUUUCAAAGCCACCAAGUUCUUGAAGGUCAACGAAAGUAUCCUCACAGGUGAGAGUAUAGGUGUGAUAAAGAAACAGAGCAAGGUUACAUUAGAAGAUGCGUUUUUGUUUUAUGACUUCUGUUGGAAGAAUUCUGAUGUGAAUAACGGCGUGCUGGAGCGCGAUUCUGAACUGAGAGCAAUUCUUGAAGAAUAUGACGAAAAAAGAAGAAAAAAGCUUUUUAAAACCUUAAGGCGCAUAAGAAGGUACAAAAAGCAAAAGAAAAGAGUCUUUUACGGUGGAACCUUUGUGCUGCAAGGAACAAGUUUGGCACUUGUUAUCGACAAAAGUAGAGAAGUGCUAAAAAUACAAACUAGCCUGACAAAUAUCACGAGCGAAUUAACAAGCGAAGUCCAAAGAAUACAACAUAUACUAUUUAUUAGUAUUUUGUCUGUUUGUAUAGUAUUGUUCAUCUAUUGUAUGCUGGUGGGCAACAUGUCAACCCUGAAAGUAUGUACUUCAUUGGCGGUUACCGCCAUACCGGAAGGGCUAGACCUCGUUGUUCGUAUAAAUCUGAGCGUGAUUGUGUUUAAACUGAAGAAGAAUAUGAUAUUUAUCAAGAAAUUGGUGUCACUUGAAAUCCUUGGAUCAGUGAACAUGAUUGUGCUUGAUAAGACAGGGACAAUAACUACCAAUGAACAGAUGAUAGACCAGAUAAUUGAGGUUUGGCCAAUUAAAAGGAUCUUUUCGGUGGACAGUAAGGAGAAAGGAUCAAAUGAUGGCAAUCCAACUGGCCAAAAUAAUAAUGAUAGGGUGCAAGGGACCAACUUCGAAUUUAAACCGGUGUGUAUCAGCGAGAAUGAAAUAUUCAUGGCAAUCUGCAAACAUCUGAGCGAAGUAAUAACGGUAGACGAUAAAAAAAUGGGUGAUCCGCUGGAUAUUUCUAUGUUUGAGGCCGUACCCGAUUGCAAAUCGAAGUUAUUAUUUUUUAAGACAUUCUGUUGUGAAAAUAUGGUGACACGUGGAAUAAUAGAGCUUGGAAACAAUUAUUAUGAAAUCCUGAAGGGUGCACCUGAAAAUGUCCUUGCCCUUUGCCAUUCCUACAAUUCCGAUAGUAAAAAAAGUGCAAAGAUAAAAUCUUCUGAUAAAAAGUGCAUUUUGAGUAAUCUGAAAGAAAGGUCGAUAGCAUGUGCAUACAAACGACUGAACAAACGAUACAUAACGAAGUUGGUACGAAAUGUCACUGAUGUGAGCAGCGGCCUUGAAGAUAAACAGUUGAAAAAAAAGAACUACAAAUUGCUUGGUUUCAUCACGUUCAAGGACACUUUGAGAGAGGGUGUCAAAGAUUGCUUCAAAUGGUGCCAAGCAAAUGAUGUUAAAAUACGAAUAUUAACAGGCGAUUCGAAGCUUACCACGAUGAACCUUUUGAAUGGAAUCGGUAUCCAAGGAGAGUUUUGUAGUGCCAAGAAAUACAUAGAUCGGAAUUUAAGCAAUGCUAAUUUUGAAGAUGAUGGUGCUGUAGAGCUGAGCAACACAGUUACGGCAACGAAUCUCUCUUCAGCUGGUCGCCACGUGAACAAAAACCGCCAUGAAGAAAAGUUCUUCGAAGUUAUUUACCGUGCAUCUCCAUCGAACAAGCACACGGUUCUCAAACAUUUGGGAAAGAGCAAUAGAAUUUUGAUGACCGGAGACGGUGUAAAUGAUCUUUUGGCGAUAAAACAAGCAGAUGUGGGCGUAUCACUGGGCGAAGGCUCGGAUCUGAGCAAAGAGGUAAGCGAUAUAAUACUUAUCGACUCGGAUAUAAAGAAUAUUUUAAUUUUGCUGGGUUCAGGACGAGUAGCAUUGCACAACGUAAAAGCUCUUUUAAAAUACCUGAUAAGCUCUAAUAUAGGAGAAGUGAUCGCGGUGUUUCUGGCAAUAGUAACUAACAAGGCAAUUCUUAACUCCAAACAACUCCUGUUCAUUAAUCUGCUGACAGAUGGUUUGCCAGCCACGCUGAUGUGUAUGAACAGGGGGCAUGGAAAAGGGCGGUUUUUGUUCUUCAGAACGACUUUGAUAGCUGCCUACCUUGGUUUUACCACGUACCUUAUACAGGACAAGACAAAAUCGUUUUUGUUCAUUGUGAUAGGUGAAAUGCUCAACUCGCUCAAUAACAUAAACUUAGGAGUUAGCCUUUUAGUUUCAUGCAGACAAAACCCUCAUCUUGUAUUAGCCGUGUUUCUCACGUUGGCCUUGCUUUUUGCCAUAACCAAUAUAAACAUCUUUUCCUGGAUUUUGAAUGUUGAAAAAAUAACACUUCGGGAGUUCCUUAAUCUGAUGCUUUUGGCAUUUCCGAUCAUCCUGAUCGAUGAAGUUUUUAAACAGUUCAGUUAAAUAAAAAAGCAGUUCUACUUUUCAG